AAGGUCGCCGGCGCUGAGUCAGCGUUAAAGAUUUUAUGACCACCUCGGAAGAUCUUAUCUCUUGCCUUCCGCGCGGCCAACCUUGCUUUAUCUCGGAGAUCAAAUGAUCUUUCUGUGGAGAUCUUUCUGCCUUCACCUCCUUCUGACUGAGUAGGCCCUCGGUCCCGACGUUCCUGCUACCGCAUCGUACAUAGAUCCUUACCCGGGCAAGCGCUUGACUCAACUCACUCUCAUUCCACACACCUACCCAACUCUUGGUGCAUAGGCACACCCAGCAUUUGCAUGGCCCCCUACGACAUCUACGUUGCAAGCGCGCUGGACGCCAUCGCGCUCUUCAGUGCUACGCUUCUCGGGAUUUCGCGCUGGAGAUCUGCACGUCGGGAAGGGAAGAUCAAGCUCCCUGUCUCGGAUGGAGUUCAGAACGGAAACAACCCCGGUGUGCAGAGGUACGACCCGUUCGACGUGACGACACCGGAGGAUGUUCUGGAGGGUUAUCCGUUGGAGGAAGAGUCGUUCUGGGAUGGGAUUAAAACUAGAAAACGCAUCUUGACGACUUUCGUCGCGCUAUACCUCGCAACGGAAGUGCUCGCGACGACGCUCUCACCGACAGCCGCUGAGCAACAAAUCCACGGCCUUCGUCUCGGCUUCGCGGCAUAUACCCUCAUUCUGUCCUUGCUCUCUCUUGGGUACUACGAAGUCGAACUCCAUCGUGAAUCUACCUGGCACAUGACCAUGGUCCUCCUGCUGCAAGUUCUGGCGAUGGGCUUCGCCGCGAUCUUGCCCUCAGACGCGUCCACGAUCACAGUCACUCUCUACUCGCCGUCCGUCACGUCCUUCGGCUGGGUGGCGUCGGUCCCCGUCGUGGUUACCAUGUACCUGUCAUAUCUCAGCCCGGCGGCCUAUUUUUCCUGGCGGUCGCGCUGUGGUGGCGAAAGAGAUUUCGAACAGGGACAUCGAGAGGAGCAAUGUCUCUGGCUCGUACGGUGCCUCUGUGCUGGAAAACUCUUCUUCUCGUUUGCUGGGAAGGUUCUGCUGCUCGGGGCAUCCCUCGAACAGCUGCAGAUUGGGGAUCUCCCCAUCCUGAGCUCCCAGAUGCGUGCGACAUACCAAUACGUGAACAUGCGGAACAUCUUGAGUUCUACAUCGAGCUCGUCCUGGUCCCUAGUGCGGCAGUUGCUGAGCGCGAACAAACUGUCCCUGCCCCCUAUGUUGGGCCUCUCGCUGUGGACCGGGUCUCUGUUCUACCUCCCGCCGAUCUUCCUGAAGCAGAUCAUCGUAUACCUCGAGACGGAUGGCCAGCGCGAGAAUGUGCGCUGGGGUCUGCUCUGGGUGUUCGCCUUCCUGCUGUCGAACAUUCUGCUGUACAUCGUGACUGGCCAAGUUUGGUUCCUCUCAAUCGUCACGAUGCAGAACGAAAUCAAGAUGCAGCUCAGCACUGCACUGUACGCGAAGACACUCGUCCGCAAGGACAUCGCGUCGGCUUCCGCUGCGGCGUCGUCGGAUGUGACGAAAGACGAGGCGGACAGCGACGACAAGGCCAAGGACGACGCGUUCUCGUCCAAGGCGCAGAUCAUGACUCUCAUGACGACGGACGUCGAUCGCAUCGCGCGCCUGACCCAGCACCUGUUCUUCGUCUUUGAUGUGCCCAUCGAGCUGGCUGUCGGCACCAUCUUCUUGUACCAGCUGCUCGGCACCUCGGCAUUCUGGGGGCUGGCGGUCGCACUGUUCUGUUUACCGCUGAAUCACAUUGCGGGAAAGGUUGUCUCACACGCACAGGACAGUCUGAUGAAAGCGCGUGAUGAGCGAGUGGCCUUGAUGAACGAGGUCCUCGGUGGUAUCCGGAUGCUCAAAUUCAUGGCCUGGGAACGCAGCUUCGAGAAGCGAAUCAUGAAGAUCCGAGCACGAGAACUGCACUACCAAUGGCUCAACUACGCAAUCCAGGCGUUGCUGUCUGGGCUCUGGGCGCUGGCUCCCAUCGUGAUCACGCUUGCCGCAUUCUACCACUUUGCCAUCGUCCGGGGCGAGCAGCUGACCCCGUCAAUCGCCUUCACGUCGAUCAUUGUGUUCAACGAGUUCAAAUACGUGCUCGCUGCCAUCCCCGAGACAUUGAUCGCCAUCUUGCAGACCGUCGUUUCAAUACGCCGGGUUCGCAAGUACCUCGGCACCAAGGAAGUCGCGAAAGUGUCGCCCCUCGAAGAGCAGCCGCGCGAGAUCAAGCUGGUGAACUGCACCAUCACAUGGCCUGCGCAGGCUUCCGCGUCGGCAGCCUCGACGCCCCGACAGCAGUUUCUGCUGAUGGACCUCAACCUCGAAUUCCCAGGGACACUGCUCUUGCUGGGUCUGCUGGGCGAAGCAGAUGUGCUCGCGGGCUCGCUGGUCUGUCCGCGUUCGCCGCCGGACGCAUUGGCGAGAUAUGUCGAGGUGGAUGGGGAAUGGCUCGUGGAGGGGCUCUGUGGCUAUGUUCCGCAGACCGCAUGGCUCCAGAACGCGACGAUCAGAGACAACAUCCUGUUCAACCUCCCGUACGACGACGCUCGGUACAAGGCGACCCUCGAGGCUUGUGCGUUGACGACGGAUCUGCAGAUCCUCGAGGACGGGGAUCAAUCUGAGAUCGGAGAACGCGGUGUCAACCUGAGUGGAGGCCAAAAAGCGCGCGUCUCUCUCGCUCGUGCUGUUUACUCUCGCGCAUCGAUCCUGCUGUUGGACGAUGUGCUCUCCGCGGUCGAUGCGCACACUGCCCACCAUCUGUACAACAGCUGUCUACGCGGCGAGCUCAUGCGUGGGCGGACGCUCCUGCUCGUCUCGCAUCACGUGCAGCUGUGUGCUCCCGGGGCGGCGUAUGUCGUCGCACUCGACAACGGCACGGUCAAAUACGCCGGCGAUCGGGACACCUUCCGGUCGAGCGGUGUCAUGGGCAGUCUGGUGCAGAGCGCCGCCCACGAAGACGACGGGGUGGAGGACGCUGCUGAUGCGACGAAGAGCGACUCUGAGUCGGAGAGAACGACGUUCCUGGAGGAGGAACGUCGGGCUACGGGCCGGGUCGCGUGGUCUGUUUGGAUGAGCUACAUCGCCGCCGCCGGCUCAUGGUGGUACUGGUUGCUAUUUAUCGUCCUGUUCGCCGUCUCUGCCAUGACUCCGGUGCUGGAAAACGGGUGGCUGGGAUACUGGUCCAGCGGUAAAGACCAAGACAUUCACGGCACCGAGUACUUUAUCGGCAUGUAUGCUGCCGUUUGUGUCUUUGGACUGGUGGUCACGGUCGUGCGCUUCUUUGUGCUGUACUUCGGAGGCAUCCACGCGUCUCAAGUGCUCUACAAGAAGCUCCUCUCGACAGUCCUCUUUGCGCAGAUCCGGUUUCAUGACACUGUCGCCCGCGGUGCUCUACUGAACCGAUUCGGGCGCGACAUUGAGGUGAUCGACAGCACACUCCCGACGAACAUCGGACAGACCGUCAGCUUCUUCCUCGCCGCGAUCGUUACUCUCGGGACACUGAGCGUCGUCGGCGGACCGGCAUUCAUCCUGCCCAUGUGUGUCGUCCUGUGGCUCAGCUACCAGAUCGCGAAAAUCUACGGGCAGACGUCCCGCGAUCUCCGUCGCCUGGACUCGGUCACGCGUUCGCCGGUGUACUCGAUGUACUCUGAGACCAUCGCCGGCGUGUCUGUUCUGCGUGCAUUUGGCGCUGGUAGCAAGUUUCUGCGCCAGAUGCUGCGUGCGGUAGACACGAAUGCGAAUCCGUCAUUCUGGUCGUUCGGGAUCCGGCUGACAUGCCUCGCCUCGACAUUCACCGCACUCAUUGCCCUCGUAGCCGUGCUGACGCCCGGGAUCUCGGCCCCCCUCGCAGGCUUCGCCUUCUCCUUCUCGUACAUGAGCACCUACACGCUCCUCAUCCUCGUCCAGUCGUUCGUCGCGCUCGAGCAGGCGAUGGUCGGUCUGGAGCGCGUCCACGAAUAUUCUGCCCUGCUUCCAGAGGGCGAAGAGUUUCUGGAGCCGCGGCCCGAGCCAGACUGGCCCGCGGAGGGUGCGAUUGAGUGCAAGGAUCUGGUUAUCAGAUAUGCUCCGGAGCUGCCGGCAGUGUUGAAGGAGGUGUCGUUCGAGGUCAAGCCUGGCGAAAAGGUUGGGGUCCUCGGUCGGACUGGAUCCGGGAAAUCCACCCUCGCACUGUCCCUCUUCCGUUUCGUGAAUCCGUCAGAGGGGACCAUCAUCGUUGACGGGGUGGACAUCACCAAGAUCGGGCUGACCGAUCUGCGGAGCCGGCUGACGAUCAUCCCGCAGGACCCGACCAUCCUCAGCGGAACCCUCCGCUCGACGUUGGAUGUGUUCGAGGAAUACGAGGACAAAGACAUCUUCGAGGCGCUGCGUCGUGUGCACCUCAUUCCACCCGCUGACGACGGCGCAGACUCAGACUCUGUCACGCCCGACUCCGAGUCGGAGGUCAACGCGAACGUAUUCAAGAACCUCGAUUCGCCCGUGUCGGAAGGCGGGGACAAUUUCUCGACGGGCGAGAAACAGCUGCUGUGCAUGGCGCGCGCGAUCCUGAAACGGUCCAAAGUCCUCGUCAUGGACGAGGCGACUGCCUCGGUCGAUUAUGCCACGGACGAAUUGAUCGGAAAAACGAUCCGCGAGGAAUUCGCCGGGAGCACGAUCCUCACCAUCGCGCAUCGGCUGAGGACUAUCAUCGACUAUGAUCGAAUUCUGCUCCUCGACAAGGGCCAAGUGCUCGAAUUCGACGCGCCUGCGACCCUCCUGGCCAACUCUGACUCGAGCUUCUACAAGCUGUGCCAGGCGACGGGCAAGAACGAGUUCAAGGUCCUGCUCGACAUGGCAGGCGUCAAAAAGUAAACUAGUUGCCCCAGAUU